AUGGGUCCCAGAAGACCUAGUUCGGCGACAGAUGUCGACUCACGUAUGCCGUUCGCAUCGGCGGAGGCACUGCUAUGGGGGCCAGAGAUGAAACAACAGCACGCCCACCUGCUCACGGAGAUGCGAACACUUCAGAAGCACCAUGACGAAUACGAAGCCCGCAUCAGAUCUACCGAACACGUUGCAGAGGCUGCCGAAGCUGCUACGUCGAGGGUCCGACACUUGGAGCAACAACUCGCAGCGAUCGAAGCCGAAGAUGACGACAAGGCUUUCGAGAAGUGGGCAGCAGGCGAGAUGACGCGCCUGGGCAUAUUCGUCGACACGAACAAGCACGUCAGGCAGAAGCAGAUCGAGCUGGACAAUGUUGUGUCUCAUGCUGUGGACGAUCUCGACAAGCUCAAACAGGUCCCCAGGGAACUGAAAGGUAUUCUGCGACGUCUUGAUCUUCUCGAGACUGGUCGUAAUCAAGACGCGCGUCGGAUCGAGAGUCUAGAAGAAGAAGUCACCCGGCUCCAAUCUACGCGACGUGAUCCCAAGUCCAAGUCCAAGUCCAACACCGCUGGCCCACAGACCGUUUCUAAGCCUCAACAUGGCAUGCUGAGAUCCAUGACACCGUCUCAAUUACUUAACGCCGGAACUUCAGAAGUAACAAGUGACACGGACGAUGAAGACCUGAUACUCAUGCCUGGGUUUGCACGUGAAGAGAUUCAAGUACCCCGGAGUCCAGAGAUGAGAGAAAGGUCAUCCAAUGAAGUCAGCAAGACAGAGACUGAUGCAGAGACCUUCGAUCCACAACUCUAUGUUGCCACAUCUGGCAGAGGAACAGAGACAAAUCCGAACACCUGCUCCAAAAUCGAGCCACUGACGGACAAGACCAUCACACGGAAGCGAAAACAGCCUACAAAGGAGCCCCACACUCAAAGGCUGACUCGCGCUCAAGCCAAGAAGAUUCAAGAACAAGAUGCUGAAGAGCGAAAGCCGCACGUAACCGAUAACGAAUCACUCCUCCCGCCAACACAGUUGGUCGAGCCAGCUCUCUCAUCGCGCAAGAAGCAAAAGACUGCCCAUGAUCAAGGAUCAGACAGUAUCAAGGCCAGAUCCAGCACAGCGAUGCGUCCCACUGGCAGAGCUCCAGCAACCGCAAAGCGCAAUGCUGCUGCAAAUCAAAGCAAAACCACGGCGAUUGAACCCACUCAGCUGGUUACGAGGAGUCCUGCCAAGUCGAACAUACCUGAAGCCACCACUUCACCUACCGACAGAAGAUAUGCCUCACCAUCUGAAUUUGCUAUGAGUGUUACAAACGAACAGGAGCCAAAGUCACUCAUUGUUAUUCUACGCAGCCCGCAGAAAGCGACAAGGAUUGAGCGUAGUGAGAGCGAUGAUACCAAAACCACUGUGGCAGACAGAGCUAAGAAGUCACCUCGCAAAGCUGCUCUGACGCCACUGUCUCGCUCUAAGGCCAUCCCUAAGCCUUCGAGCACACGCAUUCCGGGCGGUCGGAGCAAGCCAGCUGUUUCGGCAACCGCUAGAAUUUUAGCAACCAUGGGAAGGAAACCUCGUUGGUUGUCUCAAUUAGAGGACUGA